GGGAGGGAUGAGGAGGCGCUCCGCUCCAGACCAACAGCGAGGCGAAGCGGCGUCACGUCAAAGCUCCCUCUGCCCCUCUUCCAGCGGUGGGAGAGAAUUCAACUUUCUGAACGGCUGCCGCGGCAUGAGUUGCAGAUGAAGGGCACUGCAUCAUUGGGGCCACUGGGUGAACAUGAUCAAUGGCUUCUCGCGCUGCAUGGACAAUUAAUCAGUAAAGUUAAUACUGAAGGACAAUCGGGCAGUGAGGUACCGCAUCUUCAGCGCACCAGAGAAAUGAACUGAGGACGCAGGAGAGAGAACACUCGUUUCUUGCGGACAUCCAAGAUUCACCGUGAAAACAUGAGGUCGCAGAGGAGUCUGGGAUUCGUCGCUGCGCUGGGUGUGAUCACCUGUAUUUGUGCCUUUCAUACGACUGCAGCCAUCGACAUCCCACUGGAGGUUUUAGGUCAUGUAAACAUUGAGCAGCUGCCCACCAUCACAGCUCAGUCGCCCAGCUCUCUCAUCGCCUUCCCUUUUGACGAGAGCUUCCCCAUGACGUGUGAAGCCAAAGGGAAUCCCGAGCCAGAAUUCAGAUGGACGAAGAAUGGCCAGGAAUUUGACCCUUUUCUAGACCCCCGGCUGAUGAAAGAGGAGGAUUCUGGGACCUUUGUGAUACCCAAUAAUGGGAACCUCACAGAGUACCAGGGAAUCUAUCGCUGUUACGCCUCAAACAGACUGGGGACGGCCAUAUCCAAGGAGAUUGAGUUCAUUGUGCCCCAUGUUCCAAAGUUUCCUAAAGAGACACUUGAUCCUGUUGAGGUGGAGGAAGGUCAGGCCUUUGUUUUACAAUGUAACCCACCGCAAGGAAUACCUCCUCUGCAGAUUUACUGGAUGACUAUAAGUCUUCAGCACAUUGAGCAGGACGAGCGGGUGUCGAUGGGCUUGAAUGGAGACCUUUAUUUCUCUCACGCGGUGGAGAAGGACAGCAGGAGAGACUAUUGCUGCUUUGCUGCCUUCCCUAGAAUACGAACCAUUGUUCAGAAGACGGCCAUGUCUGUCAUUGUCAAGACAAAAAAAACAGACAUGAGUCCUGAAACUGCUAAUGCAAUCCUUCAGAGAAGACCCUCUCUUCUGAUGCCCUCUGGUGUCAAAACAGAGACACUGCUGGUCAAAGGAGAGGAUUUGAAAUUGGAGUGUAUUGCUGAAGGAUUUCCAACUCCACAGGUUGAGUGGGUGAAGAUGGGUCAUCAACUUCCCAGUAAAGUGAAACUGGAGAAUCAUGGGAAGUUGCUGAUUGUGCCAAGAGUUGAACUGGAAGAUGGUGGAAAGUACAUGUGCAAAGCGAAGAACACGCUUGGAGAAGCUGUCCAUUACUUCCCAGUGACAGUAGAAGAGCCUCCUGAGUGGGUGUCUGAGCCUGAGAGUCAGCUCAGUAUGAUUGGCUCAGACGUGCUCAUCAAGUGCUCUGCCACUGGGACUCCUCAACCGAUUAUAACAUGGAGGGUGAAUGGUGUACCUCUGCAGGAAGCCCCUCUAGCGAACAGGAAUGUGUUGGAUGACACCAUAGUUCUACACAACGCCAAAUCAUCUGACAGUGCAGUCUAUCAGUGUGAGGCCUCCAACAGACAUGGAACCCUUCUGUCCAAUGCAAACAUUAUGAUAAUGAAUCUGCCCCCUAUGGUUCUGACCUCUGAGGGGGAGGAAUACUCUGCUGUGGAGGGGAAGGCAGUGAUGAUGCACUGCAAGGUCUUCAGCUCUCCUCCUUCUGUUAUCACUUGGAGCAAAGACGACUCCUCUGAAUCUGUGGAGGGUCCGAGGGUUACUGUUCAUGACAACGGCUCGCUGGAGAUUUACAGAGUAGAGAAAGACGACGCAGGGCUGUACACAUGUUUAGCUAAAAACACAGAAGGAUCGGCCGCCAUCGAUGCCAUGCUGAAUGUGAAAGAUCCUACUAGAAUAGCCGUGCCCCCGGAGAACCUGCAGAUCCUAAUAGGUACCACUGCCCAGCUCUCAUGCCUCGCAGAGUACGACAAGUCCUUCAGUAAUGACUUUGAGCUCCUGUGGGAAAAAGAUGAUAUGGAGAUAUCCCUCAACUAUACAGAGAAUUCAAGAUACUUUGUGGAGGAUGGUAUUCUUCAGAUCAUCAAUGUAAGCCAUGGGGACCAGGGUGUGUACACAUGUGUGGCAAGAACUCCAGUGGACCAAGACACGGCCUCAGCGCUGCUCAUGGUGCAAGACGUCCCAGAUGCACCUGAGUACUUGGUACUGUCUGAACACAAGAGCAAAAGUGUGAAACUGAAAUGGAUCCCAGGGGACGAUCACAACAGCACAACCACAGAGUUUAUUAUCGAAUACGAGGAAAGCCAGUGGGAGCCAGGAAACUGGAAGGAACUGCUCCGAGUGCCCGGCAACCACAACUCGGCCGUCCUCAAGCUCCACGGCCACGUCGACUAUUGCUUCCGUGUGUCUGGUGUUAACACUGUAGGGAGGGGUCCUUCCAGCAAGCCCACAGAGAGAUACAAAACCCCCCCGGCAGCUCCCGACAAGAACCCUGAAAAUAUCAAAAUCGAAGGUCAUUUGCCACAUGAAAUGGAUAUCAACUGGGAGCCUUUGUUACCCAUUGAGCACAAUGGCCCUGGUCUGGAGUACAAGGUGAGUUACAGGAGGCAGGAUGUGGAGGAGGACUGGAAGGAACACAUGGUGAAGAGACACUCGUUCCUGGUGAAGAGCACUCCUACCUUUGUGCCCUAUGAGAUCAAGAUCCAAGCCAGGAACCAUCAGGGCUGGGGCCCGGAACCCAAAAUAGUGACCGGCUACUCAGGAGAGGAUGUUCCCUCUGCUGCACCUGAUGAUGUAGCUGUGGAGGUGAUGAACAGCUCAGUGGUCAAGGUUAGCUGGACGCGUGUACACAAGGACAAGUUACAUGGACAUCUGGGAGGCUACAGGAUAAGCUGGUGGCGUCUGCGCAGUCUGGUGAACUCAAAGAAGAGCCACGGAGACAAACACACGCUAACGUUCCCCGGGGACCGGAACCAUGCUGUGAUACCGGGCCUAACGCCCUUCUCCGAGUACAGCCUCAUCGUCAUGACCUUCAACGGGCGGGGCAACGGCCCGGGCAGUCAUCCCGUCAACUUCAAAACCCCAGAGGGAGUCCCAGAGAAAAAUCCUGUUUUCAGGGUCGCAGAGGUACAAAAGCACAGUAUCUCUCUGGUCUGGGCCCCGCCAUUGGAGCCUAAUGGGGUUCUCACUGGUUAUCUUCUCGAGUAUCAGCUAGUCAAUGACACAGAGGAAAUGGGGCCACUGCAGACAGUAGACAUCAGCAACCCCGACACCACCAAGUGGAUCCUGCGCGACUUGGAGCCUGUGAGCAAAUACAAGUUCUACCUACGCUCCUGCACCACGAUGGGCUGCGGGCCUGUUGUCAGCGAGGAGAGCAUCACUACCCUAGAAACAAGAAAGUCAGCUUCCCCCUCACCUCCAAGCACUCGAAAGUCCCCAGUGACCAAACCUACUCGUUCCACUAUAGGUCUGGCCAGCAUCCAUGGAGGGAUAUCCACCCAGGGCUGGUUCAUCGGCCUGAUGUGUGCCAUCGCUCUCCUCACACUCAUUGUGUUAAUCGCCUGCUUUGUCAACAGAAAUAAAGGAGGGAAAUAUUCAGUAAAAGAAAAAGAGGACCUUCACCCAGACGUGGAGUCCCAGGGCAUGAAUGAUGACACAUUUUGUGAAUACAGCGACAACGAUGAGAAGCCACUGAAGGGCAGCCAACACUCGCUGAGCAGAGAGAUCAAAGCGGGGGACAGCGGUGACAGUCUAGUGGACUACGGCGACGAGGAUGUUCAGUUCAACGAGGACGGUUCUUUUAUCGGCGAGUACGCCGGGCGAAAGGAGAAGAGGGUGUCCGCUGAGAUCAAAGCCACCGCUCAGACCCCGGCAUGAGGAGCAGAACCGUCAGCCAUCGUCCCCUGGACGCCGUUUUCAUCAAACCUGCUGGGAGGAACAAAUGAAAGAGGAAUCAGACAUUAUCCAUACCGAGCACAAGUUUUGUGUCAAAUGUAAUGCGUCAUUGCCAACUGCACACUGCCACUCUCAUUUUAUAAAGCUCUGUUUUGUCAAGUUGCAACAGAAUGACCAUUACUAAAUACUGUGUAUAUAUAGUGUAUAUUGUAUGUGUGGAGUGUCUUUUUUUUUAUAAUUAUUAUCACACAAAAGAUUUAGAGGGCUUGGAUUUUCUUUUUUUUUUUGUAUCUCCAUUUCUUCAGCUGCAGUACUGUUUAUACAAAUGUUUCACUCUCCAUUGCACAUCAUUACAUGCAGCAUUGCCUCCAAUGUCAUCUUGUAGAAGACCACAUAUAAGUGGAGAUAUCAAGUUGAUAUUUUUGAAUUGGAGCAAAUAUUACUGACCUUUUUAUAUUUGAAAUGGAUUCAUUAAAUAUGUUGUAAGAUGUGUAUAAAAGUUGCCUAUUAACUUAUUUUUUUUUCCCCAGUGGUUUUAUACCUGACAAAAUAACAAGGACAUUUACAUAUCCUUACAUAUCAUAAACAAUGAUUUUUUUUGAGUCAUGAAUCUCCCUGUAAUGUUAUGAGAAAAUAUGAUUUACUUAUGUCUUGUUUAGCCUUUAUAUUCUCUGAACAGUAUAAAUCACAGUCCUCAGUGUGUGCUUACUGUAACAGCCCAUUACCCAUUCACUUAAAAACAGAUUAUGAUUAGAACAUGUGUCAGUUUCUUAUCUGAAUUUGUAAAACUACGAGUAAAAUUACAAUUCAAUCCAGUUUAUAGAUGAAAUUUUUACCAAUAGCUGUUAUAAACUAAAUUAAUUUUCUGUAAAAAAAACCAAAACCAAAACACAAAAAUACAUUUGAGUCACACAAGCAGCUACAUGGUCUUUAAAGGAACAGUUUGACAUUUUGGAAAAAGUGUAUUUGCUUUCCUUCCGAGCAAUAAAUUACAGAAUUGAUACUACUUCCCUGUCCAUACGGUAGAAAUGAAACUUUGGCCAGCAGCUGGUUGGCACAGCCUAGCAUGAAGACUGUGAACUGGUAAAUUGUAUAUGUAUGCAUAUAUAUAUAUAUAUAUAUAUAUAUAUAUAUAUAAAAAUAACAUUUACAGACAAGAAAUAACCUUGGGAAAAUGGAUGUUGUUAUAACAAACAGUUUUUUUGCACACAAUAAACAAACAAGGUAUAACAGGUAUCGGUGAAUUCAGAGCUGAUCUGCACGUUGUUACCUGUGAACAGUGAAAAGCUCGCUGUUUCCCUGCUUCCAUGUGAGGCUAAGCCACCUGACUGCUAGCUGUGGUUUCUAUUAAGUUGAUAGACCGUCUUAUAGGUUAUUAAGCACAUUUGCCAAAACAUCAGACUAUUCCUUUAAUGCAGUUCUCCAGUGAUUUAGGGUUGUUUAUCCAUUAUGAUGGAGGACUACUACUGACACCCUGUAAAAAAAAAAAAUUAAAAAAUAAAAAUAAUUCAUCUUUCUUUCAUUAGAAAGAUACUACAAGUUAAAUGCCCAAGUUUUUAAAAAUUCCAUGCCCCCUUUUUCAAAUGUGUUAUCUCAACGUCAUGUUGAGAUUACCCCUGUGACAUCACAGUGGUGUCAUCGGGUUUUCUUUUCCAGACUUGACAAUGUACCUGAGACACAGAACAUUAGCCUAUACAACAGUACUUGUACCUAAGCAGUACUUUCCACGGUCAGUAAACACAAUGACUUUCUUGCAUAAAGUGACAGACUGCCCCUUUUGAGAAGGAAGUGUGUAGAACCUGUAGAACCUCAGAUUAGUGUCAUCUGGUUGCAUGGCAUUCCACAUCUCCCUACCCUGCUGAGAUACUAUUCACUGUAGUCACUGUUCCAUCAGUCCUAACAAGCCUUACUCUCUACAUUCAUGUAUACAGCUGUUCAAAACACAACCACCAUGUUGUUCUGCAUUAACGUUAGCACCAUAUUCAGAAAAAUUGCAAUGUUUUGUAAAAACAAAAAAACAAAAACAAAAAAAAAACAGUCAUUGCAUGUUAAGAAUGUUAAUUGGUGUUUUUUGAUGUCAUUAAAUUGCUUUACUUUCUUAC